UUUGAGAAGCUUAAGUCAUUACUCACUACCGCCCCCAUAGUCCAGGCACCCAACUGGAACCUACCCUUUGAGAUCAUGUGUGAUGCUUCAGAUUAUGCUAUUGGUGUUGUGCUAGGUCAGCGAGAAAAAAAUAAGUUACUUCAUGUGAUUUACUAUGCUAGCAAAACUCUGAAUGAUGCCCAAAAAAAGGGUGCCGAAAAUGUUGUAGCAGAUCACUUGUCUAGGCUAGUUGUUAGUUCCCCAGAUGAUUCCCUUCCUAUAAGGGAUAGCUUUCCUGAUGAACAAUUGUUCUUUGUUACCCAAUUACCUUGGUAUGCGAAUAUAGUGAACUAUCUUGUUACUGGUCGAAUGCCCCAACAUUGGGGUAAACAAGAUCGUUCUAGAUUUUUAGCCGAGGUUAAGCACUUCUUUUGGGAUGAUCCUUAUUUGUUUAAGUAUUGUCCAGACCAGAUUAUUAGGAGAUGUAUACCUGAGAGUGACCAGUCCAGUAUUAUUUCCUUUUGUCAUGAUCAUGCUUUCGCUGUAGACUAUGUCUCUAAGUGGAUUGAAGCGGUUGCGUGUAAAACCAAUGACCAUAGGGUUGUGAUAGAGUUCUUGAAAGAAAAUAUACUUACACGUUUUGGUACACCGCGAGCUAUAAUUAGUGAUGGAGGGUCGCACUUUUGUAAUGGACCUUUUAGGCUUUUAAUGAAGAAAUAUGGUAUUACUCAUAAGGUAGCUACCCCGUAUCAUCCACAGACUAGUGGUUUCGGCAGUGUGAACGCCUUUACUGCGCUUGCUCGUCGUCAGGAAAUAACACCUCUUCCGAUAAAGGCCGGCAGUGUUGAGCCCUCUAGGGAAGAAUUACAGGAAGGAUCUGAGGAAGGAUCUGAUUCUGAAGACGAUUCUAAGGUAGAGGCUUGUGAAGAUUUGCCUUUAGCUGCAGCGACUACUAUUGGUGCGUCGGAGAUGGAGGUUGAUCAGACGAAAGGCAUGGAUGCGACUCGAACAGCGGAGAAUGCUCUGACGACUGUCAACGAAAGAGUGGAAUAG